AUGGAAGAUGAAAAUGCGGCACAUGGACAUAACAAAGGAAGCCCCGAAAGCCCAUGUGCCAAAAGCGGUGGUAGCAGCAACAACAACAACAAUAAUAAAGAACAAGAUCGUUUCCUCCCCAUAGCAAACGUGGGGAGAAUUAUGAAAAAAGUGAUUCCAAGCAAUGGGAAGAUAUCUAAAGAUGCAAAAGAAACUGUUCAAGAAUGUGUGUCAGAGUUCAUUAGCUUUGUCACUGGGGAAGCCUCAGAUAAAUGCCAAAGAGAGAAGAGAAAGACCAUUAAUGGAGAUGAUAUCAUUUGGGCAAUCACUACUUUAGGAUUUGAGGAAUAUGUAGGACCUUUAAAAUUGUACCUAACCAAAUAUAGAGAGAUUGAAGGAGAGAAGCUUAAUCUUCCUAAGCAACAAAGAUCUGAGCAAAAGCAGCAUCAACAAUCAAAACAUGAACAAAAUAUAGCCUUCAACACCAAUGUAUAUUCUUCAACAAAUUUGUUGUCUCGUCACACAUCCUUUGUCCCUUCUGAUCAACCUUUUUCAUUGCCUUUCUCUUCCAAUAACAUUCAAAAGCAAUUACAGCAACAAGACCAAAUUGAUUCAGUGGGGUACUGGUAA